AACGUAGGGUUGGCGAUGGCUUUUCAAGGGUCUUUCUUGCUAAGCCUAUUUCUAUUAUUAGCCAACGUCUUGGUUUUAAUAGAACUCUCAUUAGCUGCGAAUGUGCCAAGCCAUGAAAUUUCACUUCCAUUCAACCGCACCAUUUUCCCAUCUGAAUUCAUAUUUGGGGCUUCCUCUUCCACCUAUCAGUAUGAAGGAGCUUGGAAUGAGGAUGGUAAAGGCCCCAGUAUAUGUGAUACAUUUACGCACACGCAUCCUGGAAAUCCUUAAUGGAAUACAUAGUUGCAAAAAAUAUACAGGAAGAAGACGAUAAAAAAAAAAGAAAGAAAAUGGAGGUUGGGAAUGGAAGAAGAAUAUG